AGGCAUGUCACAAUUAUUUCUAUUUUUUGCUAGAUUCCUUCAGCCGAAAUGAAUCUCUCAAUUCUAAACUCAACCGUCAACACCUUGAAGUUGCCAAAAUAAAAAAUUUGUCAUCUUGGAAUAAUCAAUUUAUCCAAUAACAUAGUAACAAGAUAAAAAGAGGAGAGAGAGAAGAGGAGAAAAUUUGCAGUCUUGCAGAAGGGAAAGAAAAGAAAAAUCCUAGAUCAAAAAUCAACAACAUGGGUACUCAAGAAGAGGAGAGAUUGCUCUUAGAAGAUGGUCAUUUACAGGGAAAUGGUGAACAAUAUACUGGUGACGGCUCGGUUGAUCUCCAAGGGAACCGUGUCCUGAAGAGCAAAACUGGAAAUUGGAGAGCCUGUCCCUUUAUCCUUGGCACAGAAUGCUGUGAGCGUCUUGCUUACUAUGGCAUUGCAACUAAUCUUGUCAGUUACCUUACCGGCAAAUUGCAUGAAGGAAAUGUCUCUGCUGCAAGGAAUGUUACUACCUGGUCAGGCACUUGUUACCUAACACCACUUCUGGGAGCCGUCUUAGCAGAUGCAUACUGGGGAAGAUAUUGGACAAUUGCUGUAUUCUCCACAAUAUACUUCAUUGGAAUGUGUACCUUGACUUUAUCUGCAUCAGUUCCUGCAUUUAAGCCUCCUGAAUGUGUGGAUUCGUUUUGCCCUGCAGCUACUCCACCACAGUACGGAGUAUUCUUUUUAGGCCUCUAUCUGAUUGCAUUGGGGACUGGAGGGAUCAAGCCAUGUGUAUCAUCUUUUGGUGCUGAUCAGUUUGAUGAUACUGACCCUAGUGAGAGGGUGAAGAAGGGAUCCUUUUUCAACUGGUUUUAUUUUUCUAUCAACAUUGGUGCCUUUGUCUCGAGUACACUUAUAGUCUGGAUGCAAGAAAAUGCUGGCUGGGGCAUAGGCUUUGGCAUUCCAGCAUUAUUCAUGGGCAUUGCUAUCGCAAGUUUCUUUUCAGGAACUCCCCUCUAUAGGUUUCAAAGGCCUGGGGGAAGCCCAUUAACAAGAAUGGGCCAGGUUGUAAUUGCAUCAUUCCGUAAGUGCAAGUUGGAUGUCCCACAAGAUAGCAAUCUCCUGUAUGAGACUCCAGAUAAACAUUCAGCUAUUGAGGGAAGUCGAAAGCUAGAGCAUACUGACGAACUGAAGUGCCUGGAUAAAGCAGCUGUUGUGUCGGAUGCGGAUAUGAAAAGUGGGGAUUUUUCUAACCCGUGGAGACUAUGCACCGUAACACAGGUGGAAGAGUUGAAGAUCUUGAUCCGCAUGUUCCCCAUAUGGGCAACCGGAAUAGUCUUUGCUGCUGUCUAUGCCCAGAUGUCAACAAUGUUUGUUGAGCAGGGCACAGUGAUGGACCGAAGAAUUGGAUCCUUCACCAUCCCAGCAGCAUCAUUGUCCACCUUUGAUGUCAUUAGUGUUAUAUUCUGGGUUCCAAUAUAUGACAGCUUUCUUGUUCCUAUAGCUAGAAAGUUUACCGGCCAAGAGAGGGGGUUUUCAGAACUACAGAGAAUGGGUAUUGGCCUCUUCAUCUCCAUCCUCUCAAUGGUAGCUGCUGCUCUUGUGGAGAUCAAACGGUUACAAAUUGCUCAGGAACUAGGUUUGGUUGAUGAAAAUGUUCCGGUCCCACUUAACAUCUUUUGGCAAGUACCACAAUACUUUUUGGUGGGUGCAGCAGAGGUGUUUACUUUUGUAGGGCAAUUGGAAUUCUUCUAUGAUCAGUCACCGGAUGCCAUGCGAAGUUUGUGUAGUGCACUGUCUCUUCUAACGACUUCACUUGGGAAUUACUUGAGCUCGUUCAUUCUGACGGUUGUCACAGUGCUUACAACUGCUGGAGGGAACCCGGGAUGGAUACCGGAUAAUCUAAACAAGGGUCACCUUGAUAAUUUCUUCUGGCUUUUGGCUGGACUGAGUUUCUUGAACCUGUUGUUGUAUGUUUUCUGUUCUCUGAGGUACAAACAGAAGAAGGCUUCAUAGGGAAGUUGUUGCUAACUUGCUACUGCCUACUGAUGUUGGUGUAUAACAUUGAAUUUCUGAUGUUUCAGCUGAAAAUGAGGUGCUGUAUUAUAUAAUUAGAUAGGGUCCUGUUUCUUUUUUUUCUUUUUUUUAUCUUAUACCACUCUCAAGAAAAUUACAGUAGUAUGUUUAUUAGUGUUCUUCAGUACUUGCUAAAUUACUGGAGUAACUAAUCAACACAGUUUCUGUAAAUCACAAAUUUACAAGUGUAAUUCUUGUUGACAGAAACCCAUUGCAUUUUUCUUCAAACUGCAAGAAUUUCUGGUGAAUUUAAAACAGACAUGAAACCAUCCUUUUCUUUUUCUAUGAAGUCUACCGGAACUCGAAAGCGACUUACUACGAGUACAUGGUGGGAAAUCUUGCUAUUCCAUUGCUAGAAGCAAGAGAUCUUUAAAGGAAGAUAGUGAUAAUUUCUUCCCUGAGUAGCACUAUUAUAUGAAGUAUAUCAAAUUAGUUGUAUAAAUAAUACAAAAUCUCAUAUAAGAUCACUUCAACAUGAGGUUGGUUUGUUCGUUCUCCUUAUUUACCCGUCGUUAUUAUAAAAAAAUUUAAUAAGGACUAAUGAGGUCUAAUAAGUUCAGAUAAAUUUAGCUAAGCGAAAAUAAGAUUCGGCUAUUACAAGAUAAUAUCCUAAUAAAUUUAGUUAAGUUCAAAUAAGAUCUAAUUAGGUCUAAUAAGUUCCGUUAAUUCAGUUAAACAAGAAAAGGUGAAUAGAUAUUUCGUGGCCCACAAAUUUCAACACUAUUGUGCAGUACACUAUCCAAGCAGCAGAUUUGUUCUGUUCCCAAAUAAUUAAUAGUUUGACCAGAAAAAAAAAGGUGACAACUUUGAUAAAUGAGAAGGAAGAACUUGCAGUUGUUGCAGGGGAAGAGAAACGAUGAGUAAUACAGGUGAUCAUCAAUUGCUUCUUGAAGAUGAACACUCUCUUCUUCAG